AUGGCCACCCAAAUGCCCUACAAGAUCGACGUCCAUAGCCACUAUCUACCCCCAGCAUACCAAAAGGCGUGCCGGGAAACCGGCCAUGCAAACCCAGACGGGAUGCCAUAUCUGCCCGACUGGAGUCCCGAACAACAUCUGGAACUAAUGGACAAACUCAACAUUAAAAAGUCAAUCCUCUCAAUAUCCAGUCCCGGAACCCAUCUGGUCACUGGGAACGUUGCCCUAGCCGCCGAAGUGACACGAGAAUGCAACUCCUAUGCCUCUGAACUCAAGAAGAAGACGCCCGACCGCUUCGGCUACUUCGCCAGCCUACCUAUCCCGGACGUAGACUUAUGUCUCAAGGAAAUCGCCCUAGGAGUGGAAGAGGGCUGUGAUGGCUACGUCUUCGAGACGAACGGGCAUGGUCAUUACCUAGGAGACAGCCUCUUCGACCCCAUCUUCGACGAGCUGAACAAGAGGAAAGCCCUCAUUUUCAUCCACCCCACUACGCCGAAAUGUCCCUGCUCUCCCGAGGCGAUGGCCCAGGGCCAGGAACCUGUCAAGGCCGCGCCGUUGGCGAACAAAUAUCCGAACCCUAUGCUAGAAUUCUUCUUCGACACGGCGCGGGCGGUGGUGAAUCUCUUCAUGAGUGGCAUGAUCAAACGAUGUCCGGAUAUCAAACUCAUAUUACCGCAUCUAGGCGGUGCCUUCCCACCCCUCCAAUCGCGCUUCACGGGUUUCAGUACCCUCGUCCCUGGGCCAUGGGUAGGCGUGCCAGAGGCGGAAGUCCGGGAGGCAUUCGCGAAACAGAUCUGGUUCGAUCUAGCUGGUUUCCCCUUUCCGGGCCAGAUCAAGGGACUCAUGGAGGGUUCGGGGGUGAAGCAUAGUAGGAUCAUGUAUGGGUCUGAUUUCCCUUUUACGCAGCCCAAGGGGGUGGAGAUGUUGUUGGGGCAGAUGGAUGAUGGGGUCAAGGGGAUGUUUAGUCCCGAGGAGAUUGAGGAUUUAUAUCAUGGGAACGCUGAGAGGCUGCUUGGGAUUAAUUGA